GAUAGCUCAAGAGAAACAAGACCAGCUGGCCUGGUAUAAUUUGAGAAGAUGGCAGAUAUAACGUCCCUCCCGGCGUUGCGAGCCACCCUAUGUAACGAGCCAGCAUCAGACAUUUUGGUCUUCAACAUUUUACAACCCAAUCGCAUUGACAUAGGACUGGUGUCAUGUUCAGCAGCAGAUUUUCCUUCAUCUUUACGUGUGACUCACGAUGCAAUAUCGUCUGCUGUAAUGUUGUCGUGUUGAAUUUAGUCUCCUUCAAAAAUCCGACCUCCGUCGUCGAUCGCAGAUUGCAUUUCCUACAUCCCCUCCAAUUUUCAAAUAUCCUGCUCGUUGCAUUACUCUAUGCUUUAAGUGCAUCUUGUAUUUGUCUCUUUACUGGCCGAUUGGUGCUGUUCGAUCCCGAGCACUCCCGUUCGUGUCCAUGGCGAAGUCGAUGCAACGACGCCAUUGCUGAGUCAUGCAGUGCUUUUGUGCUAGCGAGCGCGCCACAUCUUGCGCCUCGUCGUAUGUGGUUCUCCACGUCUAGGGCCACGGCUUGUGGUUUCCACACUAGCUGCGCAUUAUAUUCGAAAUCGCGCUAACUUUCCGUUCUAGAAGGCUCUCUUAGCUAUCUCAACCAACUAGCAGGUAUAAGAAGAGUGAUCACCCUGUACCCUCUUUAGAGAGAAAUCAGAAGGGAAGAA